CGAGCGGCGGGGGCCCGGCCUCCACGGCCGCCGCGCAGGGCGGCGGGCGGAUCCUCGAGGUGGCGGCGAGCUACCUCCGGAACGACAUGGCCGCGGGGCGGACGCAGGAGGAGAGCAGGAGUGGGCCCUGGUGCAGUGGCUCACCUCGGGAGCGGAGCUGGAGUGGUUCGAGGAGGACCAGAGCGCUGGGGGCCCCAGCUCGGGAAGCUGCUGGAGACGCCCCCGCCGGGGUGCAGCGACGUGGGCAGCGCCGGGGAGCGCGGCGCCUUCUUCGGCCGGGUCUCGCUGGUAGCGUCCGCACGCCGCCGCGGGCCAGCGGCCAGAAGCACCACCGGGACAUCAACUUCCCGGGGCCCGCGGCGCAGGUAACCAUGCAGGUUGCCCUCACGCCGCUGGUGGCCAACAAUGGGCCGUUGGCGUACGUGCCCGGUUCCCACCGCAUGCUCACGCCUGGCUUCGAGGUCAUCGCCAACCCGCCGCUCGGCUCCGUGGUCGCCUACGACUCCUUCGUGGAGCACCGCGGCAUCGAGAACCACGGGCCCCGCGACCGCUACGCCGCGUACCUCGAGUUCGAGACCCGGGGCGUCUUCAGCGGGUACACGCCCUGGCACUUCGGCCCGCGGUCCAUGGAGCACACCGUCGCCUUCCGGCGCUGCGACCCGAGCCUGCGGCGGCUCGUCGCCGCGGCCGGGGCGCGGGGCGCGGCGGCGUAGGCGGCGCGGCCUCGCGCGCGGGGCGCGGCGGCCAGCCGCGCCCCUGCGUGGGGUGCGUGCCGCGGCCCGCCCACGUCGAGCAGUGGCCACAAGGGUCCUGGCUUGGAAUGCUGGGACGGUCGGUCCCUGCUCAACCACGCGGCACCUUGCGGCCUUGUGGCGCCGUGCAGCGCGAGAGAUAAGCCGAGGCGAUGCGGCGGCAGCGUCGCUCCAGGGCGCAGCGGCGGCGCGCGCGCAGCGUCGCGCCUUCGCGUCGAGCCCAUGCGGCGCCGCGGGCUGCGCGCGCGACGCGCCUAGGGUAGGUUCGCGUCGUGUCGACCGGCGGCGACCCCGCCGCCGACGUUCAACGUUGAACGCCGCUGG